AUGGCGCAUAGUGAACCCGGUGUGGCGGAUUUCACACAGCACCUUAGGAAAUGGUUCGAAAGGAGGAAUAUGUGGAAUGAGGAGCAACAUAACAGCGCAAUAUGGAACGAUAUUGAACAGCUUUUCCAAGUAUUAGCAGGAAGUAUAAAAAGGACGGAUCAAUUCAACACGGACGUGUGUAAAACAGCAUUCCCACGUUGGACGUUGAGGAACAAUAUGGCGCAAUUCGUUGUAUGCCGGCGUAUUGUAAACAUAUUUUUAUUCAUGGAUGGAAUAGAUAUGGUUCAAGAAAAGUGGGAUAGGAAGGGUAUAUUUCAGGGCGAUGAGGAGUUUGAACAAUAUGUUAGGUGUAUGCUGGGAAAUGUGGCCAUGGCAGAAUUAUUUAAGAAUAAUUGUAGCGCAGGGGAAAUUAUUGGAGCGGUAUCAACAGGCAUGCAUAUGUGGAGAGGGUUAAGUGGACAUGAGGACGGAAGUAAAAUAUGCAGGGACAUAAAUUAUGGGAGCCUCAUGAUUGGAUCGAAGUUUGUUGCAGCAACUAUGGCAGGCUGGAUAAGGAAUUGGAGCAUAAAAAAUGGGGCAGGCAGACUAGCAGCAACAGGGACAGGAGUAUGUAAGAAAGAGAACAAGAAUCCAGAGGAGGGAACCGAGGUACCAGCUGUUAGAAUGUUUCAGGAGGAGGAUAACAUCGUAAUAAGAGAGUUAGUGAAAGAAGGGGUAGAUAUGGAAACGGAGAAGAAGAAGCAGAUGCUGAAGGAAUUAGAACAAUAG